CAAGGGGCCAAGGGAUGAACUGGGGUCUUCCUUCCCAAUGGCAUCGAUCCCUGGACUGGAACUGAAGACAUUGAGCAAUGGUCCCCAGGUCCCAAGGCCACCCAGAGUGGGUGUGGAUAAUGCCUGUUUCUCCUCUGAGGAGCAUGAGACUCGAUUCCAGUACUCUGGGGAUGCCAGACUGGGUGGCUCCCCCAGCUCCCCAGGGCAUGUUUCCUCACUGCCCCGGUCUCAGAGGGACGAUUUGUCCCUGCAUUCAGAGGAGGGGCCAGGGUUGGAGCCCAUAAGCCGCCCGGUGGAUUAUGGCUUUGUUUCUGCCCUGGUUUUCCUGGUGAGUGGGAUUCUCCUGGUGGUCACAGCCUAUGCCAUCCCCCGUGAGGCCCGCGUCAACCCAGACACAGUGACCGCGAGGGAGAUGGAGCGCCUAGAGAUGUACUAUGCCCGCCUGGGCACCCACCUGGACAAGUGCAUCAUCGCGGGCCUGGGGCUACUCACAGUGGGCGGCAUGCUCUUGUCUGUGCUGCUCAUGGUCUCCCUGUGCAAGGGUGAGCUGUACCGCCGGCGGACCUUCGUCCCAGGCAGGGGCUCCAGGAAGACCUACGGCUCCAUUAACCUGCGCAUGAGACAGCUCACUGGGGAUGGAGGCCAGGCCCUGGUGGAGAAUGAGGUUGUCCAAGUCUCAGAGACCAGCCACCCCCUCCAGGGCUCUUAAGUAGGAUCACACCCUUGGUGGCUGCUUCAGCUGCAGGUCUAAGGCCCCCAGAGGCCUGAGCUCCACAUAGUGCCCAUGGAAGGAGUCUUGGUGCCAGAGAAGGAGACAGAGCCUGGGCCAGGCCACAUACAUGCAAAGUGCUCACUGAUCUGUUUUGCAGCUUGAGGUUUUGCAUAAGGUUUUGUUUGGAGGGGGAUGGCUUCUGCUGCUAAAAAUACAAAGUUUGGAAACCACUGCUCUUGGAAGAUGAGGUCUCUUGGCAUUUCUGAGGGCUGAGAGUUGUUUGAAAGAUUGCCCAGGCCUGGGGGAAUUCUGAGACCUCCACCAGCCUCUUCUGCCACGGUUUGAUCUUGGCAGGGUAGGGUGGAGGGGGAUUUUGAGCUCUGGCCAUCCACGGUGGCAGAUAGCUUCUUGAAAAUGGGGAUCCCAUUCAGCAUUGGGGUGACUCCUGAAGCAUUCCACUGACUGAACUAUAAUCUCCCCCACUACAGACAGCUGUUAGGCUUGUCCAUAAAGUGAGAGGUUAAACUGCACAAACCCUUAGGGCCAGCUCUGCCCUGGAAAUGAGAACCCCCCAACUCUGACCUGGGCCAUUCCUCCAAGGACCAGCAGGCACGAGUUAUUCUCAGUGACACAUUCUGGCCCACCCUUGGUGAUCACCACUUGGUGACUCAGGAGUGGUGAUCUUAGGCCUUCUAGAGUCCUUUGGUCCAGUUGGGCUAAAUCUAUCAUUUGCCAAAACCUUAGUUUUGGUCUUGGGGUAUCACUUCCCGUAGUGCAGGUGAGUGGGAGGCCGUGAGGGCUUUGCUGUGUCUGUGGCACAAGGUGGGCCAUUGUCACUUCCUUUCGCAACCGUGUGUCCCUAGGAAUUGACCUCAUCCUGGUAGUAAAAAAUGUUGUUUUUCUUUUAAAGAAUUUUUUUAAAUGCUGAAUUUGUAGCAAACUAUAGAUAUGAUCCCUGAAAGUAUACCCUGAAGGUAUAAAUGCUGAAUUUGUAAUCUUUAUUUCUCCUCUUAGUAGUUAACAUGCAGCCACAUUUGGGGAGAAAUCAGGCACUUUUAGGUAGAUACUCCAGCCAUAUUGAUCACUGUUUGUUUUUGGUCCUGUGGAAAUUUUGCCCCAAACUCCCUUUAAACUUCUAACAGGGAAGGGACACAGAUUCUAAGGGCAAGGGGCUGUGGGUGUGUAAGGAUUGGGGGCUUCCAGAGCCCAUACCGUCUAAGCCACUGGUGAGUUGUUUUGGUGAUCCCCUAGGGGCUGAG